GGCUCCGGCGGCGUCGGCGGGAUCGUGGCAGCGUCGGAGCAGAUGAGGAGACGGAGCCCCAGAGAAGCGAAGUGACCGGGCCGAGGUCACGCAGCCGGGAUUCGAACGCGGGUCCCCGGGCGGCGCGCCGGGCACGAUGUGCGAGACUGACCUGCUCCCCGCGGAGCGGCCCGGCCCGGCUCAGCUCUCGGACGAGUCCUCGGACACGUGCCUCCAGCUGGACCGCUGGCAGAGGCUCCGCGCCACCGUCCGCAAGCUGGAGUUCUGGGAGAGCUUCGAGGCCGAGCUCAUCGGCCGCGGCUUCUUCUCCAAGGUGUACAAGGUGACCCACAGUACGACUCGCAAAGUGAUGGUGGUCAAGAUCUACAAGAACGACGUGGAUCAAGAGGUCAUCGUGCGAGAGAUCACCCUGUUACAGAAGCUGUCUCACCCCAACGUCGUCAGGUACCUGGGCAUCUGUGUACAAGGGGAAAAGCUCUACCCCAUCCUGGAGUACGUCGACGGCGGCUGUCUGGAGGAGCUGUUGGCCUGCAGGGAGGUCUCUCUGACCUGGAAGGAGAAGCUGAGCCUGGCCUGUGACAUCGCCAGGGGCAUGGUCUACCUGCAUUCUAAGAACAUCUACCACCGGGACCUCAACUCCAAGAACUGCCUGAUCCGCCUCACGGCACGUGGCCGAGAAGCUGUGGUGACGGAUUUCGGGCUGGCCCGCGAGGUGGCCGAGCUCCCGGCCCGGGACCCCGAGAGGAAGCUGUCCCUGGUGGGCUCGGCCUUCUGGAUGGCCCCGGAGAUGCUGCGCGGGGAGCCCUACGACUGCAAGGUCGACGUUUUCUCCUUCGGCAUCGUCCUCUGUGAGAUCCUGGGACGGAUUCCCGCCGACCCCGAGGUCCUGCCCCGGACCCAGGAUUACGGGCUGGACAUCACCGCGUUCCAGAGCAUGAUCAGCGAGUGUCCCCAGCAUAUCGUCCAGCUGGCUGCCAUCUGCUGCUCGUUGGAAGCUCUGAAGCGACCCUCCUUCCCGGAGCUGUUAGAGGAACUGGAAGAAGCCGUGGAGAGCCUGGAGUCCCGGGCAGCCGGUCAACUUUCCGGAUAAUCUCCGAUCUUGUCCCUGCCUGUCUGCCGCGCCCCCCGCCCCCCCCGCCUCGCUCCCCACCCUGACAGGGACCCGGGCUGGACCGUAGCUGGCCAGAGCAGCUGGACAUUGGGCUAGGGAGCGUUGGCGGCCGUGAGGGCCACGGCAGCCUGCGCUGUUUGUCACUAACGGCCUCCUCAGCUCUCGCUUCUCUGACGGAAGAUGGUGGUGAAAAAGUGGCAUUUAGAAGGGUAUUUUUUCUAGCAGAUUUUCUAACAGAAAUAACUCAAAACGUGGGACCAUUUUGUGUGCUUUCUCCCCCACCACCCCUUGUUCUUUUUUUUUUUUAAUUAAGUAAAAAAAUUGACUUGUGGAUA